CGCUCCCGCCACCCCACCCAAUAAACCCUAUAAAAUCACAAUCUUUUUCACCGCUCGGACCACCUAAGCCCCCUUUCACUCUCUCUAUCAGAUGGCCAAACCCUAGUCCCUCUGAUCUCUGUGUGACUCUCUCUUUCUCCUCCCCUGAACCCUAGCGCUCUCUCUCUCUCGCUCAACAUAAAGGGGAGCCCCUCUCCUCACCCAAACCCUUGCCCCUCUCUCUCAACCGAAAGGAGAGCUCUCUCUCACUAAUAGGCCAACUUUCGCAAAUUUCAUGGUCCUCUGUGUCAGCUGCCUGUGUACAUCAACCCUCCCCAAUUUACUGGCCGGACUACUACAGCAAUGAUGUCAGAGAAAAGAACCGGAGCUUCUGCUAAGCCUCGACCCCCUCCUCGAACUCUAAACAUUCGAAAGUUUGCAGAGGCAAGAGAACCAGAACUCAAAGCACUUCACUCCAUUAUCUCAGCUCGCGUGGGCUUGGACUUCCGAAGCCUGAGGAAUCUACGGCGCAGAACCACUAGCUUUUCAAACUGCAACCCUAACCCUGGUCGAUCUUCGAAGAAAAGGAAGAGAGAUUCUUCUUUGGAAGUGGAGGGAGGAAAGAAGAGUUGCAGGAGAAUAAGGAGGAGCAUGGAGUUUAAGGGGAAUGAAGAGUUAGGGUUUGGAUGUUCUGGAGAUGGAACGAAGAGGCUCAGAACACAUCGAUGGUAUGCGAAAAGAUUUUCUAUGGUGAAGAGGUGGGGGUUUCAUCUUCCUCAAGGAUUAGCAGGGGGUGGAAGGGGAUCAAGAGCGGUUUUGAAAUGGAUGAAGCAUAACGCACUUGUACAUGAUGCAAGUUACUAUAGUGUUGUCCAAUUAGAGGGUCCACAGAAAUUUAUUUUCACAGUCCUUGCGAUGGUUAUGAUUCCACCCCCUUCAAUAUCUUCAGCUGAACCAUCUCAAGCUUCUAUACAUGGAGUUUCUUAUGGAAGUGCUAUGCUUCAUCAUUUUGAAACACCUACCUCGCGUCCAAUUGCACCAGUAACCUACAUGUGGCGCCCCUCCCUGGCAGAGGGCAUGAGUAGUAGAGAAUCUGAUGCAAAUUUGAGCAGUGGAGAAAAUGACUGCUUUAAGGAGUACCGUCAGCUCUGGAUAUUAAUUCAUCCUGCUGCAUUUGAUGAAGGAUUGAAUGUGUUGACAUCUGCUUGCCAAAAACUGAUGGAUGAAACUGGCAUUUUUAUCAAAUGCUUUGACCUUGAGGGGAAGCUUGGCAGAUUGGACGUCAUGGGUUGCAAUGCCCUUCAAGUUCUACAGAAAAUACUGCAUGCAGUAUCAGAGCCACACAACAGUCAUAAUGGGUUUGAACUGAAAGCAUGCUCAAAGGAUGGGGCCAUCAAAUCCCGUAUUUCAAAGGCUUUUGCUCUUAAACAUGCUGAGCACAUUCCGUCGCAUUCAAUUUUGUCUUUGGUGGUCAGUGAUCCUCGUGAUUUACCUACUAAGAAAAACAAAGAUAUAUGUGAGGUCCUUCCUUCAAUUCAGAAAGAUCAUGAAAUGGAAGAGGUCAAUCCCAAUUCCAAAGAACACAUUGCCUUGAGUGAAGUAGCCAUGAAUGAGGAUAUAGAAGCUCUUUUUCUCCCAUGGUUGAAGGCUGAGGAAAAAUGUGCUUCUCUGUCUUUUUCAGAUAGCAAGGAGCUUUGGGGUUCUUACAAUGCUCGAAUAGAGCCCCCAGUUGAGGAGAGCCUUCUAUGCAAAGAAAAGCAUAACAGGCGUUUAGGUUAUUAUUGUCUUGAUCAGAGAAAUUUAGGAGGAGCUAAGACUGAGAUUGGACCCGCAAGAUCUUGCCCCAUUUUGCUUUUGAAGAAUGGCAGUCAGGGUAGUUCUUGUUUGGGUUGGACAAUCAUUCUUCCUCUGAGUUGGAUUAAGGCUUUCUGGAUCGCCCUCAUUUCUCACGGUGCUCGUGCCAUUGGCUUAAGAGAGAGACAUUGGAUUGCAGGCGAUGUUGGGUUACCAUCUUUUCCCUAUGACUUCCCUGAUUGUGGGUCAUACGCGCGUUACAUGGCUGAAGAAGCGGAAGCUCGUGAGGAGAGAGAUUCACGCCGCCCUCCUUCAAAGAGAGCUCCAAGGGUUCCCAUACCUCCUCCAUGGGAUUGCAUAAGUGCACAGUUUGAAGAGAGAGAAACUGAGAGACCCACUAUGGCUAAAAAACACAGCGAAGAUUUCUAUAGGGAGUCCUCAAAAGCUACAAAUUCUGGGUCUUGUGCAUCAGUUUCAUUAGUAAGUGGACCCCUUUUGGAGAGCGAAACUGAGAGACCCAUUGUCAUACAAACCCACACUGAAGAAACAAUCACUUGCAACUCCCCAGAAGCUGCUAGUUCUGGGUUAUGUGAAUCAGUUUUAACUGAAGAAGUAAGCUCUUGUAUUCAAGAUGUGACAGCAAGAACUCCAGGAAUGUUGGCUGAGCACUUGAAAAGAAAUGAAGGGGGUCAUUUGCUUCUAUAUCCAAAUAGCUUCAUUAGUAAGAGGGGGUAUUUGGAUAUGAUGGGCAGACGAAAACUUGGAUGGAGGUUGAAAGGUGUUAGUGAUGUAGUAAAAAAGUGCAAGCCUUUCUUCUUAAGAGUUCUUCUCCAUGCCCAUAAGGAAGGGGCUUUUGAAGAUGGAGCUGUUGUAUGUGCUCCUACUCUUACUGAUUUGACACUUUGGACUCCCAGAUCAUAUGAGGAGGGAGGGUUUCAGAUUCCUUCAAAAUCACUAAUCUCAUACUUCACAGAGCAACUUUCUGGCAAAUGGGAAUUGCAGGUCCCACAAGACCCUGAAGCCAGAGUCUCUCACCGGUGGCCAAUCGGCUUUGUCACAACCGCUUUUGUUCGUGGAAGUCGUAGAAUGGUCGCAAUGGGCUUCUGUGAGGGGGUGGCGCUUGCGAGGUUGAGAGAGGAACAGUGGAAAGAGAUGGUGGAGAAGGGGAGGAGUGAGGUAAUGGUGCUGGUUAGGAAUUUGAGAUCUAGCGCCUAUAGGCCUGGCUAUGCAACAAUCGUUUUGGAACAUCAGAAUGAUGAUCUAGAAUUCAUGUAAUCUCUUCUCUGUUUUUUUUUUUUGAGAAUAAACUCUCCUGUUAUUUAUUGAGUUUUUUUUCAUUUUUCCUUGGCUCUUUUACAACGGCUCUUAAACUCCUCUCUCACUAGGGUAGUCUUUUUUUGGACCACCUCAAGAUACGGUGUUUUUGGUUUUGCAUCACUUGUGAUCUUUAUCUCAAAUCGAAGCUUUCGACAUCACGGUCGCAAUGAACAUGUUU